AUGGCGGACAGAGACAGCGGCAGCGAGCAGGGCGGCGGCGGCGGGGGCGCGGCGGGCGCCGGGGGGCCGGGCUCGGGCGGCGGCGGCGGCGGAGGCGGCGGCGGCCCGGGCGGCGGCCUGCAGCAUGAGACGCAGGAGCUGGCCUCCAAGCGGGUGGACAUCCAGAACAAGCGCUACCUGGACGUGAAGCAGAACGCCAAGGGCCGCUUCCUCAAGAUCGCCGAGGUGGGGGCGGGCGGCAACAAGAGCCGCCUGACCCUCUCCAUGUCCGUGGCCGUCCGAGUUCCGCGACUACCUGGUGACUUCAUCGAGCACUAGCCCAGCUGGGGCCCGCAGCCCCCCGAGCUGGCGCAGGCGGCCGACGAGCCCCGGCGGGCGCUCUAGAGCGAAUUCCUGGUGCGGGAGAACCGCAAGUUCAUGGAUCUGAAGGAGAACCAGCGCGGGCGCUUCCUCCGUGUCCGCCAGACCGUCAACCGCGGCCCGGUGGGCUCCACGCAGGGCCAGACCAUCGCCCUGCCGGCCCAGGGCCUGAUCGAGUUCCGCGACGCCCUGGCCAAACUCAUCGACGACGGGGUGGAGGAGGAGCCGGCCGAGCUGCCCGAGGGCACCUCCUUGACUGUGGACAACAAGCGCUUCUUUUUCGACGUGGGCUCCAACAAGUACGGCGUCUUCAUGCGGGUCAGCGAGGUGAAGCCCACCUACCGCAACUCCAUCACCGUCCCCUACAAGGUCUGCAAGUUCGGCCACACCUUCUGCAAGUACUCGGACGAGAUGAAGAAGAUCCAGGAGAAGCAGCGGGACAAGCGCGCCGCCGCCGCCGCCGCCCCCCAGUGGCGCCGGGGCUGA